CAGUGUUCAGCUGGCAAGGUACAACUCCAUUCGCAGAGCUUCGCAAAACAUCCGGGAACUGUCCAAUUACAGGGAUUCUAUGCUGUCAACAAGUAGAAGUGGGUCAAUGUCAUUCAUAGAUGCAGAGAGGCCCCAGAGAGGGGGUCGGCCAUCUAGAAAUUCUACCUACUCUGCACCCUCCACACUUCAGAGAGAAAGAAGACAUACAACAUCAGAUGAAAGAACCUCCCCACCCACCUAUACAGAACUAUUCUCUUCUUUUGGUCAUCCCCCAAGGGACAAUCACUCUGACAGAUCUAGUCUUCGAGUUCCAUUGGUCUAUUAUCAACACAGUGGAGAAAAAAGAGCAGUAAUCCAUAAUUAAUAACAAAGAUUAAUUGAUAACUCAAUGAAUUAAAUAAAAAAAACUAUUGAUUCUACCAUAUAAUUCAAAAGAAGUGUUUAACAUUGCAUUUUGAAAUGAGAAGACGUCAUGAAACUUAUUUUUUAUUUUCUAUACAUUACUGAAAAUCAGUUAUUUCAUGCAUGUUAUUGAUAUAGGAGAAAGAUUUGUUAUGCAUAAUUUAUAUUAUUUAAUAGAAAUAUAAAUUGAUAAAGUGUAUGUUUUAGAAAUAGCAAUAGUAAAAUAAUAAUCAUAUCAUAAGGUCAACAAAGUAUUUGUAACAUUUUAUAAAUUUUUGAAAGUGAUUGUUCAUAUGAAAAUAUAUCAGUUUACAUGGUCAACUAGUUUUGAGAUUUAAGAGUAUGUACUACUGUAUGUUGAAACACCUAUUGAAACAAUGCCCACUUUUUAAAUAAUUUAUUUCUCCUGUUCACAUUAACUAAAAUUUUUGCCCCCUUUUAAUGCAUUCAGACAUGUUUGUAUGAAAAAUUAAAGGUGCUUAUGGACAUAGAUUUAAGUUAAUAUUUUUUCAAAUGUUCGGUUAUAUAUCAAGAAAUGUUUCCAUAGCAUUUCACACUGAAAUAUAAUAAAAAGCUAAUUUUAUCUGGAAAUUAUUUAAUUUAAUUUUCUGAAUUAAAGUUUUAUAUUUUUCAUUAACACACAACAAAAUUUCUACUUUUCUUAAGUUAACUCUGUGAAAGUGCAUAGAUGUGUCAAUUAAAUGGGUUCGAAAUUCAUAGUUUCAGGUUUCAAGAAUUUCCAGAUAAAGUAUGUUUUUGAAAUGCUAUGUGCAUGAGAAAUGCUUUAGCAAUUUAUUAUUCAUGAUAUUAUACCGAUAACUUGAAAAAAAUGUUAACUUCAAAUCAGUGCGUCCAAGCAUCUUUAAAGCUGUCUUUGAAUUUUCUGUCUUUUUUUUUUAAAUACUCAAUUUAAACCAGGGCAAAGAUGGUGAAAACAAUUUGAAAACAAUAUAUGGGUGAAAUUUUCAAGCAUUUAAUAUGAAAGCAAUUUAUUUACCAGUAUUAAACUUUAAUAUUUUGUUGAAUACAAAAUGUUGUAUGCAAAAAAAUGUUCAACUUGGUGCUCUUACAAAACAAUACUCAGAAUGUUUUUGUGAUUUAAGAUUUUUUCCUAUUGUUGUUUUUGUUAAUGAUAUUUUUUUCACAAGAAAGAUCAUACAUGUAUAUUGUUGUUGUUGUGUUUACUUUAAUAUAAAUGGUGCUUUUGCUAUUAAUUUCUACAAUGUAUUAACUGUACUGCCCUUUAAUGUAGAUAAAUAUUAUUAAACUUAUCAUGUCUUUUUUUUUAGCUCAGGUGAGCUUUUCUAAUCACAUUUUUCUGUAGUCCGUCUGUCUAGCUGUCCGUCUGUCUGUCUGUAAACUUUUCACAUUUUCGACUUCUUCUCAAGAACCACUGGGCCAAUUUUAACCAAAUUUGCAACAAAGCAUUCUUGGGUAAAGGGGAUUCAAGUUUGUUCAAAUGAAUGGCCAAGCCCUCUUCCAGGGGGAGAUAAUUAUGAAUUAAAGGAAAAUUAAUGGUAUUUUUUAAAAAUCUUCUUCUCAAGAACCGUUGGGCCAGGAAAGAUGAAACUCAUGUGGAAGCAUCCUCAGGUAGUGUAGAUUCGGAUUUGUUCUGGGGUUAGGCGGGGCCACAAUGGCCGAUCAAAGUUUUACAUAGAAAUAUACAGGAACGUUUUUUUAAAAUCUUCUUCUCAAGUACCAUUGUGCCAGGAAAAAGGAAACUUAUAGGGAAGGAUUCUGAGGUAGUGUAGAUUCUGUUUUGUUCAAAUCAUGACCCCCGUGGAUAGGGAGGGGCCACAACGGCCGAUCAAAGUUUAACAUAGAAAUAUAUAUAUAUAGGAAAAUUCAUUAAAAAUCUUCUUCUCAAGAAUAGCAAAGGCAUGAGUGAUCAUAUUUAAAGGGAAGCAUCCUCAGGUAGUGUAGAUUCAGGUUUGUUCAAAUCAUGACUCCUGGGCGUAGAGGGGCUACAAUGGCCGAUCAAAGUUUUACAUAGAUAUAAAUCGGAAAAUUUUUUUAAAAAUCUUCUCAAGAAUGACAAAGGCAUGAAUGAUUAUAUUUUUAUGGAAGAAUCCUCUGCUAGUGGUCAUUCAAUUUUGUUCAUAUUAUGACCCCUGGGGGUAGGGUGGGGCCACAACAUGGAAUCCAAGAUUUACAUAGAAACAUGUAGAAAAAAUCUUAAAAAUUCUUCUUUUCAAGAAUAACAAAGCCAUGACUGAUCAUAUUUAUAUGAAAGCAUCUUCAGGUAGUAAAGAUUCAAGUUCGUACAAAUCAUGACCCCCUGGGGUAAGACAGGGCCAUAAUAGCUGACCAAAAUUUUACGUGAAAAUAUGUAUAGGAAAAUUCUUUAAAAAUCUUCUUCUCAAGAAUAACAAUUAAAAGCCAUAAUAGAUCAUAUUUAUAUGGAAGCAUCCUCAGAUAGUGUAGAUUCGAAUUUGUUCAAAUCAUUACCCCCGGGGGUAGGGCGGGGCCACAAUAGCCGAUCAAAAUUUUACUUAGAAAUAUAU